GCUUACAGUGUCACACUGACGAAGCUGCUCAUUUCACCUGCACAGACAUGGCUCCUUGCUCCACCAACUACUCCUCUAUUCACCACAUCAGGAUCUCUGAGAAAGACAACAUCAAAUUGAGAAAACCUAUUGUGGAGAAAAAGCGCAGAGAUCGCAUCAACAGCUGUAUCGAGCAACUCAAGAUCAUUCUGGAGAAGGAGUUCCACAAGCAGGAGCACAACUCCAAGCUGGAGAAAGCCGACGUCCUGGAGAUGACUGUGAGCUUCCUGAGGCAGCAGCUGCAGCAGGGCCUCUGUCAGAGCAACUACAACCAAGGUUCUUCUCUGCAGGGCCUCCAGCAGCAGGAGCAGCAGUUCCAUCAGGCCCAGAGAGCCAGCAGCUCCUCCCCAGUCUGCUCCACCCUUAGACCCACCACGCUGCAGGACAGCAGCAGCAGCAGCAGCAGCAGCAGCAGCAGCAGCAGCAGCAGCAGCAGCAGAGGUCUCGUGUGGAGGCCUUGGUAGAGACUCUGACACACAGACACUCUGAGACCUGAGGGGACCUGCGCUUUCCCUCACAAUGUAGGAAAUGUAUUUCCAGCCUGCUCAUUCAUGGCGUUACUGAAUGUUUUUAGUGUUUCAUCAUAUUGAUGAGAAGAUACGUAACACAGAUUCUAUCCUCUUAAACACAUGUUCACACUGGAGAUCAUUCACAACACAACACUUACUGCAACACUGCUCCUUUCGGUAAAAUGAUAUCACAGUAUCCCCAUGCCUCACAGUGAGGUUAUUAUAAGUGUUUUGUUCCUUUAUGUAACUGAAAAUAUAUUCAUUGUGUGAAGAUAAACUUGUUCUGAAGAUUUAUGUCACAUUGUGUUUGAAACUAGAGUGGUUUACUGAACAUGUCACUUGUGACUUAUUUGCCUUUAAUAAAGGAGGAAAGUAUUUGACAAAAUGCCAAGAGACAGUGGCUAACAGUGUAGGUCAUUUGUGUAUGCUGUGUAUUCUAUUGUAAUGCAUUUUAUUGUAAGUGAAUGCUGUGUAUUGGAAACAGGAUUUAAUGGUGAAACACAUGCUAGAAAGAGUUUUCCACAGCUUAAAUUUGGAUUUAAAUAAAAUAUAUUUUUACUUUUC